UCUCUUCUCGCAUUGCUGUCUCAGAGGCGUCUGUGGACGGGUCUGUCGUGCCGGCCGCUCCUCCUCCAGCACCAUUACUGAACCCCAAACCAUUUGGUGUUUGAAUUUGUUCUUUCUUUAGUCGCUAUCUAACCGUCAAUAUGAAUGGGACGACUACGGCCGUUAACGGAGCCCCGGACAGGGCCCACCUCCACCAUGAGAAGCAUCCAAUACUCAUGGAGGGGGGACAGUACAUCGUGGAGGGCGAAGAGGAGGCCCAGAGCACCACCGUCAUCUUCUCAAUGUCUGAGGAGGUCGGGGCCCUCGCCAACGCCCUCAAGACGUUCGAGUUAAUGAACGUGAACCUGAAACACAUCGAGUCCCGGCCCUCGAGACGUGAGGCCAAGUACGAGUUCAUGGUGGAGUGUGACCCCAACAAGGGUGACCUCCAGGCCGCCAUCGAGCAGCUCAAGAACAAGACCUCCUACCUGCAGGUCAUCUCCAGGAACCACGACGAGAAAGACUCUGUCCCGUGGUUCCCUAGAAAGAUCGCAGACUUGGAUCGCUUCGCCAACCAGAUCCUGUCCUACGGCUCCGAGCUGGACGCCGACCACCCGGGCUUCACCGACCCCGUCUACCGCGCCCGCAGGAAGUACUUCGCCGACAUCGCCUACCACUACAAGCACAACCAGAAGAUCCCGCGGGUGGAGUACACCGAGGAGGAGACCGCCACGUGGGGCACCGUGUUCCGUAACCUCAGGCGGCUGUACAAGACCCACGCCUGCAAGGAGCACAACAACGUCUUCCCGCUGCUCAUCGAAAAUUGCGGCUACCGGGAGGACAACAUUCCCCAGCUGCAGGACGUCUCCGACUUCCUCAAAGACUGCACUGGCUUCACUCUCCGCCCCGUGGCUGGUCUGCUGUCCUCGAGGGACUUCCUGGCCGGCCUGGCGUUCCGCGUCUUCCACUCGACGCAGUACAUCCGCCACAGCAGCAAGCCGCUCUACACCCCCGAGCCCGACAUCUGCCACGAGCUCCUGGGCCACGCGCCGCUCUUAGCGAACCCGUCCUUCGCACAGUUCUCGCAAGAAAUUGGGUUGGCGUCUCUUGGUGCCCCUGAUGAGUUCAUUGAAAAGCUGGCCACGUGUUACUGGUUCACGGUGGAGUACGGAAUCUGUCGCCAAAACGGAGAGCUGAAGGCUUACGGCGCCGGACUGCUGUCGUCCUUCGGGGAGCUGGAGUACUGCCUCACUGACAAGCCAGAGAUACGGCCCUUCGAGCCGCUCAAGACCUCCCUGCAGAAGUACCCCAUCACUGAGUACCAGCCCGUCUACUACGUCUCCGAGAGCUUCGAGGACGCCAAGGAAAAACUGAUCCAAUUCGCAGCCACCAUCCCGCGGCCCUUCUCCGUGCGCUACAACCCCUACACACAGUCGGUGGAGAUCCUCAACUCGAAGCCGCAGAUCCAGUCGCUGGUGCGGGAGAUCAACUGCCACAUGCAGGUGCUGACAGACGCCCUGGUGAAGCUGACCUAAAAGGGCGAGGGACGGGACCCGCCAAGCCCCGCAGCUGUGAUAGGCUGUCGUCCAUACCCUGGCAUGCACUCGCGGGUACUGAAGGGCAUUUAGCUUCCUCCCUCGCUCUUUUUCUCUCUCGUUCCGUUCCGAGUAGUUGUUAUGGUAAUGUUCGUUGUAGAGGUUGAUGUAUGUAUCCUACAUGUAGUGUGUACUUUGUUUGAUUCGCAGUAGUUGUUGAUGUAUGUGGAUUAGCUGUAGUGUCCACUGUUUGCUUUUAUUUGUUUGUUUGUUGAGGUCAAAUACUGACGAUGCCUCAAGCUCGGCAAGGCCUGAUGAAACAGCCAAGUGACGGUAAAGUAUUAUUAGGUCAGAGGCCCGUUGAUAUAGAUUUGUUUUCAUUGUAAGUAUAGCCAUUCAACCCGGCGUAAGUUACUCCGUGGAGACUCAAGUGCAAUUUUACAGACUAAGAUAAGCUUCGUAAUCUUCAGAGUUCAAAAGUGACGUGUUAUUUGGGUGAGCAGUAGAAUGUAAGACUAAUACACGGACAGUACGCGCAAUGCUCCUCUAAUGUUCUCAUGAAUGGAAUGUCAGUCAUAUAAGCACAUAAAAUGAUAUAGGGUUAAGGUAGAGUUAAUUUUACGUGUCGACAGUGACCGGUAUGUGUCCCGUCGUUACUGCAAGCAAUGACAAGACUCUCCCCAGA